GGAGUCGAAACGGUGUUCCCCACUUACGGUCUGCCGCAGUUUCUCUUAUUCACCCUUGACCUCGACCCGUUCUAUCAUGCCCCCGCCGCACUACGACUUCCUCAUCAAGCUCCUACUUAUUGGUGACUCUGGUGUUGGCAAGUCGUGUCUCCUGCUUCGUUUCUGUGACGACGCAUGGACUCCCUCAUUUAUCACGACGAUCGGCAUUGACUUUAAGAUCCGCACUAUUGAGCUCGAUGGCAAGCGCAUUAAGCUGCAGAUCUGGGAUACUGCGGGUCAGGAGCGCUUUAGAACCAUAACAACGGCAUAUUACCGUGGAGCGAUGGGAAUUCUGCUGGUAUACGACGUCACAGAUGAACGGUCAUUCAAUAACAUCCGAACGUGGCACAACAACAUUGAGCAGCAUGCCUCGGAAGGGGUCAACAAGAUUCUCAUUGGCAAUAAGUCGGACUGGACGGAUAAGAGGGCUGUAACAGAGGAGCAAGGUCGUGAGCUUGCAAAUGAACUCGGCAUUAGGUUCAUGGAAACCUCUGCAAAGGUAAAUGAGGGGGUCGAAGAGGCUUUCUUCACCCUGGCGAGAGAUAUCAAGACACGUCUGAUCGACUCGCAAGCCGACGCCGCUGCACCCGCGGCAACGGACUCAGUGAGAGUCAACCAGCCUGCUGCGCAAUCCUCACAGGGCUGCUGCUCAUGAAUGGACAUAUGUCGUCAUCAUUAUUGUAGCAAGAGUUGUUGGAUUGACCUCUGUUGUUGUGCGAAGACUUCGACCUCGCCGCAUUUGUCACAUAUUACCCAAACCUCUGUACUAUACUCCUCCUUCUCUGCUGCUGGCUCACUCGGGUACACGUUUCACGUCAUGAAUAGUUCCUUUCCGACUUGUGUUGUUACUUUUCCGUCUUAUAAUACCGAAGUAAGGAAGUGGAAACAA